AUGUCAGUAUAUAUUGAUCACAUUAAAAAUGACAAAGAUUUACCGAUAACUUAUUCGAUUAGUAUUAAAACUUUAUCUACAUCAAAACGACCAAUAACAUGUUGCAUAACGAGUGAACCACAAAUAUCAAAACAACAUGCAAACAGUCAAUUAAAUUAUAUAAAAUCAUCAUCAAUAUGUUUAGAAAAAAACCAAGAUUCUCAUAUUAAAUUAUCGGACAAUGAUCACCAGUCAUCAAUCCAUUCACCGAUUACAUAUUCAAGUAGUAUUCAUGUGCCAUAUGAUCCUCCAAUUAUAACAUCACGUCCUCCUACAAUUUUACCAUCACAAACUACUCAUCAUCAUUAUCAUUAUUAUUAUCAUCAUCGACAAUCAAGCUUGUCAUGUGACCCAUCAACGAUAAUUAAACGUAAAAUUUCUUCACAACCUAUAUCAACUACUCGUAUUCGACCCGAUACAAUAUCAACAACAAGAACAACUUCAACUGAUUCAAUAUCCUUAUCAAAAAAAUCGAACAAAAUUAUUCACUCAACAUUAACAAAUUCUACAUCUAUUCCUGUUAAUAAACAAUCAUCUCAUAAUCUUUCAUUUCCAUCUUAUUCAACUCUUACAUGGAAUUGGUUUCAUCAUACACCUAUUAAACCUCAAACUUAUCAUAAAGGAAGUCAAUCUGAUUAUUCCGAAGUAUGUCGACAUGAAUCACCUAAAAAACGUAAUCUUCUUUUUAAAUUAAUAACAUCAUCUAUUGAGAAAAAUUCUAAAUCUAAACAUCAUUAUUGUACUUGUUUCUGUCGAAAACGUUUUCAAUCGUCAUCAUUAUCAUCAUCAUCACCAUCAUCAUUACCAAACAAAUUAAAUAAUUACCAUGAAUAA